CCGUGGUCGGCUGCCUUGCUCUCCUGAGCUGCCGCCACGGCUCUUCGGUCCCGGCCCGGGCCACCCACCGGGCGGUGGGUCCUCCUUGGCCCCCGGCUCUGCAAGUUUCCUAAGGGACGACUAUCUGGGUGGCGUUCUCCCUGGGGCUGACUCCCAGACCCCGCUAUGGACGGCGACAGCAAAGUGGAGUUUUCUAGCAGCAGCCUAACCCCCUUGUGGCGGAGGCGGUCGACCCCUCAGCCCCAGCCGCUGGGCCGGAGCAAGCCGAGGCCCCAGUCUUACCAGAGCCCCAGCGGGUUGCUGAUCACAGAUUUCCCAGUGGAGGACCGGGCUGUGCUCCCCGCGGCGCAGACUCCAGCCCAGGUGCCCACCUCCUCGGACGGAAGGACGGUCCAGAGGAGCCCCUUGCUUCUCUGCGCCCAUCGGAGGGCGGUGGCCAAUGGUAGGACGGUCUCCCCCGAAUACAGGGCUGCCUCUCCUCGGCUCCGAAGAACCAAGUCACCCCAAGUCUCCAAAGCGGCGUCGAGGGGCUCCCCGAAAUCCCCCGCGAAUGGCACGGUGACCUCGCCUGCGCCGCCGCCGCCGCCGCCGCGACCCCCGCGGACUCUUACAGCGCCCGCCCCCUGCGGCCUCGAGGAGGACCCGACCCGGCUGACUGCCAGCCCGGUGCCUUCGCCCACUGCAAAUGGCCUUGAGCCUAAUGACGACUCUCCUGGCUUCGGUUCGCAGUCCGGCCAGACGGCUAAGGACCCUGAACGGGGACCCCUGAGACUUUCUCCCGCGCCCCAGAAAAUACCUUCGGAACAAAAACUCCUCCUCCACAGGCUGUCCUCCCAGGAGAGCGAGCUCCCCGAGAAUCCUAACGUGGUUCUGAGCACCAACAGUCCCGCUGCCCUCAAAGUGGGCAAGCAGCAGAUCAUCCCCAAGAGCCUGGCCUCGGAAAUCAGAAUAAGUAAAUCCAGCAGUCACAGUGAGGAGCCCCACAAGAGACUCCUCAAGGUACGCAGCAUCGUGGAGGGCCUCGGAGCACCCCUGGGCCACGCAGGGGACGACGGCGGGGGCGAGAACGACGGCGAUAGCCCCGGGUCUCUUCGGAGGGGCUUGCGGUCCACGUCCUAUCGCAGGGCGGUGGUCAGUGGCUUUGAUUUUGACAGUCCUACCAGCUCGAAGAAGAAGAACAGAAUGUCCCAGCCUGUUCUGAAAGCCGUGAUGGAAGACAAGGAGAAGUUUUCCAGCCUGGGAAGGAUAAAGAAAAAAAUGCUGAAAGGACAAGGAACAUUUGAUGGGGAAGAAAACGCUGUCCUGUAUCAAAACUACAAAGAGAAGGCCCUUGACAUUGACUCUGAUGAAGAGUCGGAGUCCAAAGAACAGAAGUCGGAUGAAAAAAUCGUGAUCCACCAUAAGCUGCCGAGAUCUACAUGGGGCCAGCUCUCUGCGGUGAAGAGAAAUGGAUUAUCUCAAACAGUAAGCCAGGAGGAAAGAAAGAGACAAGAGGCUAUCUUUGAAGUCAUAUCCUCUGAACAUUCAUAUUUGCUGAGCUUGGAGAUCUUGAUACGAAUGUUUAAAAAUUCUAAAGAACUGAGUGAUACAAUGACUAAAACUGAGAGGCACCAUCUUUUCUCCAAUAUUUCAGACGUCUGUGAGGCAAGCAAAAAAUUCUUUACAGAGUUGGAAGCAAGACAUCAGAAUAAUAUCUUCAUAGAUGAUAUAAGUGACAUUGUGGAAAAGCACACAGCAUCCACAUUUGACCCGUACGUGAAAUACUGCACAAAUGAAGUCUACCAACAACGAACACUACAAAAAUUGUUAGCCACCAAUCCAUCCUUUAAGGAAGUGUUGUCAAGGAUCGAGUCCCAUGAAGACUGCAGGAACUUACCCAUGAUCUCUUUUCUCAUUCUCCCCAUGCAGAGGGUGACCCGCCUUCCCCUGCUGAUGGAUACCAUCUGUCAAAAGACACCUAAGGACUCUCCAAAGUACGAAAUCUGCAAAAGGGCCCUAAAGGAAGUGAGCAAGUUGGUUCGACUGUGCAAUGAAGGAGCCCGGAAGAUGGAAAGGACCGAGAUGAUGUACACGAUUAACUCCCAGCUGGAAUUUAAAAUUAAGCCUUUUCCUUUAGUCUCUUCUUCCCGGUGGUUGGUGAAAAGAGGAGAGUUGACAGCCUACGUGGAGGACACGGUGCUCUUCUCAAGAAGGAUGUCCAAACAGCAAGUCUACUUCUUCCUUUUUAAUGACGUGCUCAUUGUCACCAAGAAGAAGAGUGAAGAAAGCUACAACGUCAAUGAUUAUUCCUUAAGAGAUCAACUAUUGGUGGAAUCUUGUGACAAUGAAGAGCUUAAUUCUUCUCCAGGGAAGAACAGUUCCACAAUGCUUUAUUCAAGACAGAGCUCUGCCAGUCACCUCUUUACUCUGACAGUCCUUAGUAAUCAUGCCAAUGAGAAAGUGGAGAUGCUGCUGGGGGCCGAGACACAGAGUGAGCGUGCCCGCUGGAUAACCGCCCUGGGACACAGCAGCGGGAAGCAGCCUCCCGACAGAACCUCUCUGACUCAGGUGGAAAUCGUCAGGUCGUUUACUGCCAAGCAGCCGGAUGAGCUCUCCCUGCAGGUGGCAGAUGUGGUCCUCAUCUAUCAGCGUGUUAGUGACGGCUGGUAUGAGGGGGAACGACUCCGCGACGGAGAAAGGGGCUGGUUUCCUAUGGAGUGUGCCAAGGAGAUAACGUGUCAAGCUACAAUUGAUAAGAAUGUGGAGAGAAUGGGACGUUUGCUGGGACUGGAGACCAACGUGUAACCUCUCAGAUGGCCUUUUGUUACUGCAAGAUUUGCACUGCAUAAUAGUGGGCUGGCUGAUUCUGGACUGGUUGUAUUGUUAAUUUUAUCACAGCCUAUUUAAUUAAAGGAAUAAAAACACUUGCCUUUAAGCUUGCCAGGUUGUUCUGCUUUCUCAGGAGAACAGCUACUGGAUACGGUUCACUCACAAAGCUCAGUUUUUACAUAACCAUCCCCUUGCAAGCUUCUUUAGGUCCAGACUAGCUGAGCAGUUCACUUCAGGGAUCAGGCUAUCUCGGCUCCUUCUAGUGUCACCAUGUUCCGGCAUAAAAACAUGUAUAUAAGCUGCUGUUUUCUGGUUUUCUCUAUUCUCACUUCACUAAGAAUGUUACUAUUCCUCCUUAAACAUCUCCUUAAUACGGUUCUCCCAGUAUUAGCAAGAUUUUGUGUCUUUAAGGAAUGCUUGAUUUUGUAUGUAUUUUCCCUGCCUCUUAUUUUUAACAUCGAUUCUAAUGCUGUGUUCAUUUCAAAAAGAAUUGGUAGAAUUCAGAAGGUGAGCUGUUAUGUUUUUCUCAACCUCUUCUCAGCAAAGAGAAAUUGACUCUUGAAUUGUUGCCACCUUUUUCCUCAUAAGAAGGAGAGUAAGGGGGCGGACUUUAAGGAUUUUUAAAAUCCAUCUCACCCAAUAUUAGUCUUAGAUAAGUAUAGCCUAAUAAACCUAGCUACUUUAAAUAAUAUAGAAUUUAGAUGGUUCACAUGUGUGAAAAAAAUCCUGAACAUAGAACAGGGGUCCUACUUUUUAAAAAUAUUUCCAAAUGAGCUGAUAAAAAGCUGACGUGAGGCUGCUAUGCCUUCAAUAAUGCAUGGCUUUUGACUGUUCCUAUUCCAGUUUCCAAAUAGGAAAUUGGCUGGAAUAUACUUUCAUAAUUUUGAGGAAGGGAAAAUUAGGCCUUAAAAGGUAUCAAGAAGCAAGCAUGGUACCCAAUUGAAACAUUUUGACCUUAAUGGGAAUUCAUUCUAUUUGCACUAAAGGCUUUGCUUGCUGGGUUUGGAGUCUCUCUUAGCUGCAGAUUACUGCAGAACUUUAUUUCUUCCAAUAGUGCAAGAAGAGAGAAAAGUCAUUUUAACGGGAGGUUUCAUAAAAAGGUAAUGAGGGUUUGGAAGACUGAGAGGAGAGAAAUGAUUUUUACUGGCAGCUAUGUUCCCUCUCUAUUCUCUUCGACAAAGGGAUAAAACCUGACACAGUGUACAUUAUUGGAGGACUCAGAUCUAUAUGUGACAUGUCCCAGCUACCAUCUGCUAACCAGUUACCCAAAUUGUGAAUAAGGUUACAGAAGCCCAGUGUGGAGGUAAGUGUGCUUGGCUCACACGCCCUGCACCUGCUGCCUCAGCAGUGAGCCAGUGUGGCCCCUGAGGGGCUUCUCAGCCUUGGAUUGCUUUCUUUUACCUGUACAUAUGAUCUGGCCGGCCCAUGGCUCAUUUGGGAGAGCGUGGUGCUGACAACACCAAGUCAAGGGUUAAGAUCCCCUUACCAGUCAUCUUAAGGGAGAGUGUGGUGCUGAUGAUCUGGUUGUAAAAAGACAUUCCAGGCACUGAGUUCCUGGAAGUCUGAGAAAGUGUGUCAGUGAAGUAAUAGCAGGCAGAGGACCACAGCAAGAGACGUCCCCUCUUUAAUAAUGUCACAGACUUUAUACGGGGGAGGUUAACAAGUUGUAUAAUUUAACCCAAUGUCACGUUUUAUUUAGGAAGGUAAAUUUGUUGCUUGCAAGGGGAUCAUUUUGUAUUAUUUUUGCUAAUACCCAGUUGAAGCUAAAAAGCAACUAUAUGGAUCCUGUGAAUUAAUUUAUAAGUAGAAAUGUUAAACAGUUGAAAAUAUGUGCAUCUUAUAAGUCAAAGCCUUAUUUAGCAAGCAGAUUAGUACUGUUAUUAGAUUAAAUGCUGUUAUAUGGCAGGUAUUUAACACAAUUACAAUGUUUAGUUUCAAACAUAAAUUGUUGUUUUUAACAUGACACAGUAUUUUUUUUACGCCUAACUCAGUUUCUGUGAAUACCAUCCCUGAAUUGUAUAGUGACUUCAUUCAUGGACAAAACUGUUCAUUUUUGUCCCAAUAGAUCGAGACUGCUUGUACACUUUUGACAAAAUAUGUGAAUUUAUAAAGAUUUUGUAUAUAUUUA